UAUUUUCUCGCGAUUUUAAUCAGAAUUAAGCGCUUAUUGAAUUAAACGUUGUUAGAAUAACAUAAAACCUAAAGAAAAUUUAUAAACUAAAGGAUAUUACACUCAAAUUGUGGGCAAGCGAACAUGUUAAGCAAAUUUAUCGCUUUUAUCCUUAUAACGGUGUUUAUCGUGUUGGCGUUGCAAACGAAACCGAUUUCUAGUGGUGCCACUGAAGAGCAAAUGUUUGCCGCUGGAAAAUUGAUGCGAGAUGUCUGUUUGCCAAAAUUUCCGAAAGUUUCCACAGAAGUAGCUGAUGGCAUCAAGCUGGGUAAUAUUCCCGACACCAAAGACGUAAAAUGUUAUAUUAACUGCGUUUUGGAAAUGAUGCAAACGAUGAAGAAAGGCAAAUUUCUCCUCGAAAGCUCAUUGAAACAGAUUGACCUGCUGAUGCCAGACGAUUACAAGGAUGAUUACCGCGCCGGUUUGCAAACCUGCAAAGACGCAGUCAAUGGUAUCAAGAACAAUUGUGAUGCAGCUUAUGCGCUAUUGAUUUGCAUACGCGGUGAGAUAAAGAGGUUCAUCUUCCCUUAGAUGUGGUACAUCGCGCAGUUGAUUGCAGUAUUCGUGAAUACAUACAGAUGCACUAACUAUGUGAUGUAUAGUAGAUAUAUGGCGUUAUUCAAUAAAAAAACAAUACUUUAUGUUCAUAA